UUGUAGUCCGCGCCCGCCUGCUGCGGCUCUGCGUAUCAUGGCGGGCCACGCCGCGCUACCGCACUCUUCCGCUGGGCCCCAGAAAGUUUCGCUUCUGCCCAGCGGUGGACCCACGAGCGCGUGCUGCCAUGAAGUCUGACCUCUGCUGACCGGACCCAGGCAGGAGGCGCACAGCCGAGAGAGGCGGCCUGCAGCCAGUCGCCAUGGCUUCCCCCAUGGCAGAGAGCCAGCUGCAGAGAAUCAUCCGCGAUUUGCAAGAUGCUGUGACAGAGCUAAGCAAAGAAUUUAAGGAAGCAGGGGAGCCCAUUACAGAUGACAGCACCAGCCUGCAUAAGUUUUCUUAUAAACUUGAGUAUCUCCUCCAAUUUGAUCAGAAGGAGAAGGCUACCCUUCUGGGCAACAGGAAGGACUACUGGGAUUACUUCUGCGCCUGCCUGGCCAAGGUGAAAGGAGCCAAUGACGGGAUCCGAUUCGUCAAGUCGAUUCCAGAGCUCCAAACAUCUCUGGGAAAAGGAAGGGCAUUUAUCCGCUACUCCUUGGUGCACCAGAGGUUGGCGGACACCUUACAGCAGUGCUUCAUGAACACCAAGGUGACCAGUGACUGGUACUACGCAAGAAGCCCCUUUCUGAAAGCGAAGCUGAGCUCUGACAUCGUGGGUCAGCUCUAUGAGCUGACCGAGGUUCAGUUUGACCUGGCGUCGAGAGGCUAUGACUUGGACGCUGCCUGGCCAGCGUUUGCCAGGAGGACACUGGCCCCCGGCUCUUCUGCUUACCUGUGGAAACCCCCCAGCCGCAGCUCCAGCAUGAGCAGCUUGGUGAGCAGCUACCUACAGACUCAGGAGAUGGCCUCCAGCUUUGACGUGAGCAGCCCCUUAAACAACGAGGCACAGGAGGGCUUUGACGAGAUGCGGCUGGAGCUGGACCAGCUGGAGGUGCGGGAGAAGCGGCUGCAGGAGCAGAUGCAGCAGCUGGACAGAGAGAACCAGGAGCUGAGGGCGGCUGUGAGCCUGCAGGGUGAGAAGCUGCAGACGGAGAGGGAGAGGGGCCGCGCCGCUGCUGAGGACAACGCCCGCCUCACUUGCAUGGUGGCCGAGCUCCAGAAGCAGUGGGAGGUCACCCAGGCCACCCAGAACGCCGUGAAGGAGUUCCAGGAGUGCCUGCAGGCCCUGGAGCUGGGGGCAGCAGAGAAGGAGGAGGAUUACCACUCGGCCGUGCGGCGGCUAGAAUCCAUGCUGCGGCCCCUGGUGCAGGAGCUUGAGGCCGCACGGGACCUGCUGGGCGGGGAGGACCGGCAUUCAGCUAAUGUCCCAGCCCAGCCGGGUACGGCCGAGCAGAAGGCAGAUGCGGCACCAGACACACGGGGGCAGCAAGAGCUCCUCCCCAGCGCCUCGGCCCUGGAGGUCCAGGAGCUGCGGGAGAAGCUUCGAGCCCUGGAAGGAGAGAGCACCAAGGUGCAGGAGCUCAACAGGCAGCAGAGUGGCCAGCUGGAGCAGUUGGCCAAGGAGCUGCAGCUGAAGGAGGAGGCCCGGGCCAGCCUGGAGCGCCUGCUGGAGGAGACGGCCCCGCUCCGGGAAGAGCUGGCCGGGAAGGGGCAUGAGGCAGCCCAGCUCCGGCGGCAGCUACAGGAGUCCCUAGGCCACCUGAGCUCCCUGGAGCAGGAGUUGGCGGAGGUGAGGCAGGGGGAGAGGCAGCGGCGAGAGGAGAAGGAGCUGCUGCAGCAGGAGGCCAGGUUCCUGGCACGGCAGCCGCGGCUCCUCGAGGCCCAGCUGGCCCAGCUGAGCCGGCACGUGAGUGAGCUGCAGGAGCAGAAGCGGCAGCUCAUCCGGGACAAAGACCACCUCAGCCAGAAGGUGGGGGCGCUGGAGCGGCUUGCCGGGCAGCCGGGCCCAGAUCUGCCCACGGCAGGGGAGAAGCCCGAGGCCCAGGGCCCCCUAGGUUCCACCCUGCAACAGGUCUUCAAGAAGCCGGAGGAGGAGCAGAGAAGCCCCCAGGAGGGCCAGACAGGUGAUAGCCAGAUGCGAGGGAACGGUCAGGAGGAGAAGCUCCAGCAGGCCAACAGGGAGCUGGAGAAGGAGCUGCAGAAUGUGCUGGAGCGCAACCAGCUCCUCGAGGGCAAGCUGGAGGCCCUGCAGGCUGAUUACCAGGCCCUGCAGCAGCGGGAGGCAGCCAUCCGGGGCUCCCUGGCCUCCCUGGAGGCUGAGCAGGCCAGCAUCCGGCACAUGGGGGACCAGAUGGAGGCCAGCCUCCUGGCUGUGAGGAAGGCCAAGGAGACCAUGAGGGCCCACAUGGCUGAGAAGGAGGCCGCCCUGCGGAACACGGAGGCCGAGCGUCAGCAGCUGCAGGAGGAGGUGGGGCUGUGCCGGCAGCUGGUAGAGGCCCGGGAGAGGGAGCUCGGGGCUCUUGAGCGCCAGUGCCGCCAGCAGACCCAGCUGAUCGAGACCCUUACGGCGGAGAAAGGCCAGCAGGGACUCGGCGCACCUGAAGACCGUGCAUGCCGGGAGCCAGCAGCCCAGCCGGCCCUGGGUCAGGCCCAGGUGGAGACCCAGCAGGGGGAGGCUGGGCACCUGCCGGCCGAAGUGCUAGACCUUCAGGCCAAGCUCCAGGCAGCCCUGGGUGACCGGGAGAAGGUACAGGGCCAGCUGAGCGUGGCUGAGGCCGCUCUGAGGGAGCACAGGGCCCUGGUACAGCAGCUGAAGGAGCAGAACGAAGCCCUCAAGAGGGCCCAGGGUCGGGAGCUGCUGCAGCUCUCAGAGCGGGAAGGGGCGCCGCGGGAGGAGAGGACUGAGGAGGAGGAGCGAUCACGGGCCGAGAACCCACCAGUCCCAGAAUGCGGCUCCCCGGAAGCCCAGCUGGAACAGGCCGAGCCGCAGGGGCAGAUGCCCGGAGCUAGCGCAGCCACCGACGAGCCCGGCGUCCACGUCAGUGCGCAGCUGGCCGAGAAAAAGCAGACUGAGGAGGCUCUGGCCUGCGCCUUGCGGGAGCUCCGUGACGCCAAGGAGGCAGCCUCGAGGCAGCGAGAGGGCCUGGAAGAGCAAGUGGCAAGGCUGCAGCGAGAGAGGGACAGCGUGCAGGAGAGGCUGAAGGUGGCUGAGGAGGCGGCCCGCUCCUUGCCCGGCCUGCAGGCCCAGCUGGCCCAGGCCAAGCAGCAGGCCCAGAGCCUCCAGGAGACUGCACACGAGGAGCUCAGUGCCCUCAAGUUCCAGCUGAGCACCGAGAUCAUGGACCACCAGAGCCGACUGAAGACUGCCAGUGAAGAGUGCCGGAACCUCAGGGACCAGCUUGAGGAGCGAGGCCGGCAGCUGCAGGCUGCCGAGGAGGCGGUGGAGAGGCUGCAGGCCGCCCAGGCAGAUCUGGGAGAGCAGCUGCGCGGCACCAGCAAGCGUCUUUCCGAGAGCCAGGCUGCCAUGCAGAAGAAGGAUGAGGAGGGGGCUGCCCUGCGUGACAGCUUGGACAGGACCCGGAAGGAACUUGAAAAAGCCAUGGCAAAGAUCCAAGAGUAUUACAACAGACUCUGCCAGGAGGUGACAAACCGGGAGAAGAAUGACCAGAAGAUGCUCGCGGACCUGGAUGACCUGACUAGAACCAAGCAGUACCUGGAGGAACGACUGAUUGAGCUGCUCAGGUGAGAGUCGGCACCAGCAACUGGCUGGGGGCCUCCUCUGAGCUGGGGUUUCUCUUUAAAGAAAUGCAGCUACUCUUGGAAGGCCUCUCAAGGGAAAUGGGCCCCUGUCUGCUUGCGUUAUGUUGUGGAGGCCCUCCCCCACACAGAUGGGGUCCUCCCAGGCCCUUGGCAGCCUUGAAGAGUAGAUUUCUCUGCUCCCAGUAGUGUUCAGCUGGGUUUGUGUUGUCAUAGUGCUGGGGCAUUAUUUUCUU